UUGUUCCUUGAUUUCAAAGGAACUUUCAUUGGGAAAGGGUCUACCCAUCUCCUUUCCCUUUCAGCAAUGAAUCAACUUGAAAAGGUGGUAGCAAAUCUCACAUGAAAGGCCAGAAAAAAGCUUAAAAACACACACACACAAACACACAUUUAUUUCAAUCCUCAUAUCUUCUACCUUUGUUAUAUUAAUAGUACAUUAGUUUCAAGCUUUUAAACUUCAAAAAAUUUCCCUCAACUAAUAGCUACUAAAAUUUUUUCUACCCUUUAGAGCUCCUCUUCAUUUUCUUGCCCCAUGCUUCCUCUUCUUCUAACCCUUCUUCUCCUACUCUUCCACCAUGGCCUUGAAAAUUUCACACACCCUAAUUUGUAUCUUUCUUUGGCUUUCUCUCCUCUUGUUAGUGUUUCAUGAACUCUAUAAUUUCAAGACAAACAUCAACAACAAGAAAGAAAUCAUCAACACAAGUGCCUAUUAUUCCUCCGUCUCCCGUCGCCACCCAUUGCUCAACCGAAAAGUUCUUGCUGCAAAAUUUGACUUCACUCCAUUUCAAAAGAAGCGUCGGCCGCGCUAUGGUCAAGAUCAACGCCGCCAUGGAAAACCUUCACUGCCGGACAAACGAGUGCAUAAAGAAGGAGAUGGAAAUGAGAUUGAUCCACGUUAUGGUGUCGAAAAACGCCUCGUCCCUACUGGUCCGAACCCAUUACACCAUUGAUGAUCGAUAUUCCUUUGCUUGCUUCGCACCCUUGAUCGAUGAUAUAUGAUUACCACUCAGGUGAAUGAGAAAAAGUUAAUGGCCAGUGAGAGCUUUCAUUACUUGUAUGAUGUUUCAUAUAUAGUUUUUUUUUUCCCUUCUUAUAUUCUUUUUCUUUAUCCUUUUUAAUUAUAAAGGCCAUAGUUUAUGGAUCAUGUAUUAUAUGAUAUUACGAGCUUGAGCUUGUGCAUGUAUUAAUUAAUUAAGAAUUAAUUAUCAUUAUUUCACAAAGUUAAA